AUGGAAAGAAUAUGGCAUCAUGUAUUUGCAAAUGAGUUACGAGUAUCUCCAAGUCAGCAUCCGGUGCUUCUUACAGAAGCGCCAUUAAACCCGAAGGCAAAUCGAGAAAAAAUGACGCAAAUUAUGUUCGAAAGUUUUCGAACGCCUGCUUUCUACGUGGCGAUCCAAGCAGUUCUGUCACUCUACGCCUCCGGGCGAACCACCGGUGUCGUUCUUGAUUCAGGAGAUGGAGUCACCCAUACCGUGCCCACCUAUGAGGGAUACUCCCUCCCACACUCAGUAUUACGACUUGAUCUCGCAGGACGGGAUUUAACCAACUACCUCACCAAAAUUCUCACUGAACGUGGUUACUCCUUCACGACCACCGCUGAAAAGGAGAUUUGUCGCGAUAUCAAGGCAAGCUCACGUAUUUGUGCUUCUCGCCCCUUACAAGAGAAACUCUGCUACGUUGCACUCAACUAUGAGCAGGAAUUGGCUGAAUCGGUGAAGUCGACGUCUAUUGAGAAAGACUAUGAGCUCCCCGAUGGUCAGGAGCUCCGAAUUGGAACCGAGCGCUUCCGCACACCGGAAGUCCUGUUCCAGCCAAGCCUACUUGGAAAGGAGUCGGGCGGUGUGCACGAGAACUGCUACAACUCGAUCAUGAGCUGCGAUAUCGACAUUCGCAAGGACCUCUAUGCCAAUAUUGUCCUUUCCGGUGGUACCACUAUGUUUCCGGGUAUCACUGAUCGUAUGAAGAAGGAAAUUGCAUCAUUAGCUCCCAGCACGAUGAGAAUUAAAAUCAUGGCGCCACCGGAGCGAAAGUACUCGGUAUGGAUCGGCGGCUCAGUGUUAGCGUCGUUGUCGACCUUCCACUCGAUGUGGAUCACGAAAUCCGAAUACGAUGAAUAUGGAGACGUAAUCGUUCAUCGCAAAUGCUUCUAA